AUGAAUUCAAACAGAAGAAGUGAACCAAAAAGAAAAAGAGAUUAUAAAGGAAUUUUGUUGGGAUGUAAUUUUAAAUCUGAUAAAGAUAUCUCCGGCGAAUACAUUGAUAAGAUUCUAGAUGAAUUAACGAGAAAAAUUCCUGAAAUAACUUUUGAUUCGACCAAAAUUUAUAAUGGAGUUAAUAUCAAAGAUAGCUGGUUAUUUAAUAACAUUCUAAAACUCUUGGAAGAACUAUUUGGAGCAUUCAACUCUAAAUUUUUGUUCACUGAGGAAUUAAAUUGCUUUACAACAUUUAAUAAAAUAAAAAGUAUAUUUGAAAGAAUAAUCAUUUGGCUUUCUGUUAACGAUUCUAGAAUUUUGACAAAAAUUAUAUACUCAAUUCCCUUAAUAAUUAAUAUUUUAAUCAAACUAAAAAAUCAAUGCAUUAAUAUUAGAAGAGUGAAAAAACUGUUUGUAGAAUAUUCAGAAUUGUCCGUUAUUUGUCAAAAGUGCAUGAAAAGAGUUAUUCAAAUAUUCAGCUGUUUAAGCGUGUCUACCGAAGUUAAAAUCAGGGUUGCAUGUGUUUAUUGCACAACACUACUAAUUAAACUGGACGAGUUUGAAAUGUCAAUUAUUGAAGAUGCUUUUUCAACGCCGAUUUCUCCAAUUAACUAUAUUAAUUCUAAAGUAAAAGAUAGAAUUUUGAUGCAAGGUGAUACCACAAAUCCAGAAUCAUUUGUUAAAUCUAUACCAAAAUUUCAAGAAGCGGAUUUAAGACAAUCAUUUACUCACUCAUUUUCUGUUUUGAACUUUAAUAGAAUAUAUAACAAUAAUGGCUCAAAUAAUGAUUUACUAGACAAAGGUUGGUUGUCUAGGCGUCUAGAUGAUGAAUCUCCUGCAGUAAGAUUCGAAAUUUUCAUAUUGAUUUAUGAGUUGGUAAAAAUUGGAAAAAUAAAAAAUUCUAAGGAGUUUUUAAAAUCGAUAAACGAAAUUGUGUACGAUUGCUUUUUUGAUGAAAAUAUUGCAAUUCAAUCAUUGGUUUCAGAAAUUAUUACUAUUCUAUCUGAAAUUUCUCCAAUCUCAAUAAAUAACAUAAAUAAAAUAUUACCCAUAAUUAAUGAUAGCAAUAUAUAUACAAGGUACAAUAUAUUUAAAGUGAUCUCUCACUCAUAUUUUGGGAACGCAGAAGCUCUUCACAAGGCAUUAACAGCCGUGCUUGAAUCACCGUUGUUACAUUUUGAUGAAAAACUGGUAUAUAAUGUAUUUUCCUCAACCGCAAUAAAAAAUUCAACUUUUGCUCCUGAAAUCAUACCUAUUUUAUUUGAGCAGUAUUAUGUUAAGGAAGAAGAGAUUUAUCAUGCAUCAAUAUCAAUCUUUUUAUUUUGGGCAAUUUGGAAAACUCCUUCCAUUAUAAAAAAUAUUAAUUUCGAUUUAUUGUUACUUUAUCCUGUAGCAAAAUUUAAUUUUUCAUCAAAUAUCCCAGAUCUUAGAAUUAGAGUAUCUCAUGAAAGUAAAUGCCCAUUUAAUUUCGAAGUUAAACCCCAACUCUAUAAUUACAAUGUUUUGAACUAUUCAUUGGGGCUUUACCCUAUGAAGUCGCAUAAUAAAUAUAUAAAUAAGGAUUUAUUUAAGAAAGAACUAUUUGUGUCUAUUGGGAAUAUUUGUUCAUAUCAUUUUUUGAAUGACACAACCAUGGAAAUGUGCCUAAGUGAUAACUCUCCAAUCGAAAGCUUAUUCCAAUUUUCAAUAAAUAACUUUACUUCUGGUACAUAUAUUUCUAUGAACAGAAAAAGUUUUUUUAGUCGAUUAAAAACAUUGAUUUCAUACUUAAAAACCAAAAAUUUUAGCCCACGUAUUAAUACCCAGUUUAAUAUUUCAAAUAUUCGAUUUCAAUUAGGAACUAAAUUGAUUAUGAAUUCUCAUGUAGUCAAAAACGAUGCCAACAAAAUUAAUUAUGGUAUUAAGUCGAAGGAAAUCAGUAUUUCAAAUUUACCGAUAUACCACUAUCUAUGGCCAGAAAACAGCAAGUUCAAUAGUGAGUUGUGUAAAAUAUUUGAUAGUAAAGUGUUAUCGUGUUCAUCUUUCAUUAUUUCGACUACUGAAAUAUGUGGUUCAAUAUCAUUUUCAUAUUUUUUUGAAAACUAUAUGCCAAGAAAAAACAAAAAUGAAAAACUUUGUUUAAUAUUAGGGAACUUAACUGAUAGAUUGAUUGAAUUCAAAAGUUUGUUUUGCCAAUGUAUUGUAUGUAAAUUUAACACAUAUUAUCAAGAAAGUUACCCAGAAUACUUAGAUGAUUCUUCAAAAGUCGUUUUUUCAAAGACUAAAGAUGUUAUUCUCAAAAAAACCGGGACGAAGUUUUAUUCUUUCCCAUUCAAAGUUUUACAAAAAAUUCCUGUAAGUAUUAGUUUUGAUGUUUAUUCAUCAUUAAAUAAUGAUAUAUCAAUUGAUCAAAAUAUUAACCUGUUUGUUCAAAUACCACAAGCUCUAAAAUUUAAAAACUCAAAGAUAGAUCAAUAUUGCAUAAAUGAUAACAGAAAAUUUUUAACUAAGAGUUCUCACAGUGUUUUGAAUGAAGUUGACUCAAUGAACUUCGAAAGCUGUAAUAAAGUUAACGUAUAUUGCCAAAUAGAUAAAUCAAUAGCAUUUAAUGUGAUUAAUUCUAGAAAAGAUGAAUCAAUUAUAAAUUAUACCACUCCACUGGCAAUCAACAAUAGACAAUCAUACGUUUUUCCUAUCGCAAAAGAUACAUUAAGAAUGUCAAUUACCAAUUCAAUACAAAUUAAAUUUGAAUAUCCCAUUGCUUCUCCAGUGACUAUGAACGCUAUUUUGAUUAGUAAAAAGAACAGUUUAGCAUCGCCAAUCUCAAAUAUUCAUCCAAUAGUUAUUCAUCCUAAUAUUAUGGCAUAG